AUGGCCACCUGUCAAUCGUCAACAUAUAAUUAUGCUCAGAGCUUUUCAGACCAGCUCGUGGGAGAAGCGAUGUUCCGCGCAAAUGUCACACUAGCCCUAGCUCGGUCCAGCGAACCCCAUAAUUUACUGUCACACUGGGCGCACCACAGAGCCUCGGACAGGUACUUUGCGCCCAUUUACGGAGCAAUCACCGCAGCAGUCCCGUUGGAGCAAUCCAACAAGCGAAGCAACCCUGCGGUCUGA